AUGGAAUAGUCAAUCUGGACGUGACCACUAGUUUUGAAGAUGUGUACGGAUAAGAUUUGUUCAUAAAAUGUGGAAGAUCAAACGGCCAUUCGUCCAGUAAGCUUUCGUUUCAAAAGGCGAUUUCGACGGUCACCAAAUACCACCACCACAUACCAUCUCACUAGUGUAAAAACAACACAAGGAAAAAAAGAGCCAAACCAAAACUAAAUUCAUCUCUCUCUCUCUCUCUCUCGAUCUGCAAUUUGUUCUCUCUCUCUCUCUCUCUCUCUCUCUCUCUCUCUCUCUCUCUCUCUCUCUAAACGGUAAAUUUCAAGACUCGAUCCUUUCUGCAUUUGCUUCUUAAUUUUCAUUCAGUCCUCUUUUGUUUACCUGGAAACGGCUGAAAGUAUAAGGAAGCUUAGAGCUUGUUAGAAAUGGAGGAAACAAAACCAGCAAAGAGGAAACCCGUUUUCAAAAAGGUUGAUCAGCUGAAACCAGACACCAAGGGACACACCCUGGUUGUAAAGGUUGUUAGUUCGAAGAUGGUACUGCAGAAGGCCAGACCUGACGGGAUCCAAGUUCGUCAGAUGAGGAUUGCUGAAUGCUUGGUUGGUGAUGAAACCGGAACCAUCAUUUUUACUGCCAGAAAUGACCAAGUUGAUUUGAUGACGACUGGCGCUACAGUGAUUCUGCGUAAUGCAAAAAUAGACAUGUUCAAGGGUUCUAUGAGACUUGCUGUGGACAAGUGGGGUCGAGUUGAAGUAACCGAACCAGCUAGCUUCGCUGUUAAGGAAGAGAACAACUUGUCGCUGGUAGAAUAUGAACUGAUUGAUGUUAAUGAACUGGCUAAUGCUGGUGCACGUGAAGUGGUUAGUGUUGUCGAAAAGUGACCUUCCCUAGUGCAUACACAUCCCUGCAAUUCUUGGAUCAUAUUUCUAUCAGUAAAGAUAUGGAUUUUCGGUUAAUGUGGUGGCACAUUGAUAUGUAGUUUUUCUUGAUCCGUGCAAUUGAUGCCUAAGAAGAUUUUUUGUUUAGCAGACAUCUUGAAGCUGUUUCUAUCGGAGUCUAGUCGUACAAGGGGAGGCCGCUGGUUUUACCAUCUUAACUCUGGCCUGCUGCACAGCUGGUAACUCCAGUCAAAUAGUGUAAAAGGAACUUGCUUGGUUUUUUAAAUUUGUGUUACCCCAUGAACUGUUACUGUUAUGAGUAUGGUUAUAUGCAAGUGGAGUUUCUGCCCUAUGUUUUU